ACGGCAAAUAUUUAAUCAUUCACAAUAUUGAUGUCGUCGGAGACGUUGUUUUGUUUAGUGUUUUCCUAAUAACUAUAAUAAUGUGUUGAAAUAAUUAAAAUUAUUACUUUAACAUAUAGUUUUGUGAAUAGUGAUUGUAUUCUAUAGGAAAUUGAGAUGGCGAGAGCCGUGUUUCUUCUCUUCUUGCUUGGUUUUUGUCAAGCACAAAUCAAAGAUUCGGACCAAGAUCUAGCGAAAUUACUCGAAGAGAUAUUCGGGAAGGCGUCACCAGAUAACAUAUCUGGAAUUAUUGUAACCACACCCGCAGUCGAAUUGGAAAAAACCGAAGCUCCCGUGAUAGAGACAUCCCUAUGCCAGACAGCUGAUGGUAAAGAUGGAUCUUGUACCAUACCAUCAGGUUGCAGCAAAAGACUCUCGCCCCUUAGAGGAAGUGAUAAAGGAGGUUGUUCGGGAGCAUAUGAAAUUUGUUGCGGGUUUGAAGAUAUAUCAUUAACAAGUGUUAAUAACCCGGCUGCGUUUAAUGUGAAUACUGGAUGCGGUUGGCGUAAUGGUGAUAAUUCUAAAACCAUGUCUGAUAGUGAACGGGCCGAGUUCGCUGAGUUCCCUUGGAUAGUCGCCAUACUCAAGGUAGUAUUGAAGAAUCCUGACAAGCCGGAAGAAGGUAAAGAAUAUUUGUACACCAGUGGCGGGUCAGUUAUACACCCGAGGGUAGUACUCACUACCGCACACAACAUUUUCGAGAAGAAUAUAAAAUUAUUGACGCGCGCCGGAGAAUGGGACACGAACUCUCAGGACGAAGUAUUACCCUAUCAGGACAGGAACGUCGAAAGGGUCAUAAUACAUGAACAAUUUAAUACUGUUAGAGUUAACCUAUUCAACGAUGUAGCAUUAUUAGUACUCGAUCAGGCUUUAGAGUUUGCUCCCAAUGUUAACUCAAUCUGCCUACCCCCCGUCGGCAAGCGCGCGGUUAGCGGCAUCCGCUGCUUCUCCGCAGGCUGGGGUAAGACGAAAUUCGGUACAGCAGGCUCAUAUCAGGCAGUACUUAAAAAGGUGGACAUCCCCGUUAUUGAUAGGAGUAGAUGUCAGCGGGAACUCCGACUGACCAGACUGGGUCCGGUAUUCAAACUGCAUAAUACCUUCAUGUGCGCUGGCGGGGAGCCGAAGAAAGACACAUGCACCGGAGAUGGUGGUUCUCCAUUAAUGUGUCCCAUAAACGGUCAAGAGGGUAGAUAUGCCGCAUCAGGUAUGGUAGCGUGGGGACUUGGUUGUGGCGACGCGGUGCCCGCAGUAUAUGCUGACGUUGCCGUACUCCGACCCUGGAUUGACUCCAAGAUGGCGGAACUCGGCUUCGGCCAGGAUUCGUACACUUAUUGAAUAAAUGUAUUUUUUUAAACUG